ACUAUGUCAGACACCCUCCCGUCCCGUUACGACAAGCAUGCACCGCGUUUCGAUCCGGAACAGCCGCGGACUUUACUCCGCUAUUUCGAGGACAUCACAGACCUCUUUGCGGCCCAUCCGAACGCGGUGGCUAGCGAGGCAGCAAAAAAGGCAGUGGUGGUAAAAUACGUCCCCAUGUACAAGGAGGAGCUCUGGAAAGGCGUCCCCGAAUUUGCAGACGACUCCAAGAGCUUCGAGGAAUUUAAGGCGGCGAUUUUGGCACUAUACCCAGCCGUCAAAGAGGACCAACGGUACAGCGUUGGAGAUAUGGACCGGAUAGUAGGCGAAAGGCAAAGAGUGGGGAUUCAUAAUUUGGCGGACCUGGCAGCAUUUUAUCGCGACUUUUUGCUCGUCACUCGGUACCUUCGGAAGAACGACAUUAUCUCGGUUCGCGAGCAGGGACGAGCGUUCCAGCGGGGAUUUCAACCGGACCUAUGGGCGAAGAUAUUUGGGCGUCUCCAGAUCAAGGACGUAGACCACCAGCCAGAUACUCCGUACAGCGUGGAUGAAGUCUACAAGGCAGCGGAGUUUAUUCUCCAUGGCACGUCGGCAAUCGGGACUUCAGAGAGGCGUCCGGAGUCAUCCAGCAGCACUCUCAGCGCACCGGCCGUAAAAACCGAGGACCUAGCUUCACUGGUAGAGGUCAUUACAAAGUCCAUCAGCCAGGCUCUGGUUGCUGCGGUUCAGCAGAACGCUGGUUUGGCUCCAGCAACGUCUACCCGACCUGCCGCGACCAAUUAUAAUUGUCUUUAUUGCGGAGAAGGAGACCAUUCGAUCCGAAGGUGUCCCAAGGUUGAGGAGGACAUUAGAGCCGGUCGGUGUAAACGAAAUGCCGAAGGACAAGUCGUCCUACCUAGCGGGGCGAUGGUCUCGAGAGCGCUACCAGGAGCCACGAUGAGGGACCGAAUUUUAGAAUGGCACCGUCAAAAUCCAGGGCAAACCAGCGUACACCUACUGGACACGAUGCUAUGGGAAGAGGUCCGAGCUCCGGUGGCUUCACACACCACGGAUAUGUUUCAUCUAGACCAGCAGGAGCGUAUUGAUGCUUUAGAGCGGGAGCUAUUCGCGCUACGCGGAAAGGGGAAGCAAGUCUUUGACGGAGUCUACAUUCCUCCAGCAAAUAGGCCUACCAACCCGUCCAAAGAAUCUAGCGCUGGUCCGCCCGGAUCUACCCACUCCAAGGCUAAGAGUCAGUCGGUCCGUGAGCAGCCAGUGACCGAGGCAGCGCGGCCAUCAGCCAAUCGCGAGACUCCACCACAUCUGCCGGAAGGACCAAUCCAUCCAUUCGCUGGUGCAAGAGACGUCAACCGGCCUAGGCAGGCAGUCCAGCGGAACGCUGAACAGGAUCCAGCACAGGCGGCCGAAGCGUCCAAAGCCAAGGAGCCAGCGUACCGUACUCAGGCCCCCGUCUACAAUCCCCGUAUCUCUGACCUGGUUUUCGAACGCGCUCUGAAGACUCCAAACAUCUCGUUGACAUCGGAAGAAUUGUUAUCCAUAGCUCCGGAGGUCCGGGGCCAA